GCUAAUGAGAUCAAAAAAUUUCUAACGAGGCGCCAUUGGUACCCGUUCUAUGACCCUGGAAAGAGCCUUUGUUCUUGUUGCACAAAAAACAUGAAAUUAGACAUAUAAGGUCGAUUUUAAAAAUAAAAGGAUAUCGCCUAAAUGUAGCUUAAUAUCAGGGGAACAUAUAGGACGAUAAAGAAUGGACACACCCACUCUUCCACCAGAUGGGCAACCUGGGGUAUCUCCUGAUGUCCCUCGUUCAACUGCAAUACCAAUAUCACAACAUAUGCAACACGCUCAACCAGCUAUAACAGGGCCACCUCUCCCACCAGUGUCACACUUUUCUGAUCAGAUCUCGCAUGGUCGACAUUACCAGCCAAGCUUGCCUCCCUCCACUUAUAAUAAUAGUUCAGAACCAGUGGCUUAUGCUCCUGGUACUGAUUCAACCUCAUAUAGAAGCAGUGUCACCAGUGAUUCUUACAGACCUAGUCCAGAUCAUGAUUCUUAUAGACCUAGUCCAGAUGUGUCAACCUACAGGGGUCCACCCCCACCAGGACAAUCUUACAGGCCCAGCCCUGACCCAUACAGGCCUGGAGACCAUCAGUCAUACAGACCUCCUGGCACUGUAGAUCCCAGUAAUGAUUAUCGAUCGAGGAUUGAAGACCAGUAUAGAACUGAAAAUGAUAGAUUUAGACCAAGACCCGAUGCAGAGCAAUAUAGACAUGGUGCAGAUAAUGAACAAUUCAGAGCUAAUGUUGAGCAAUUCAGAGCAAGUACAGAUGCUGUCAUGUUUAGACCUCCUAAUGGUGAUGCUGGUAGCUAUCGACCUGGUUCCGAGCCUACUUAUUCAGCAACACCUGAUCUGCAGAGCCAGACAUUCAGGCCUGAUGUGCAAUCUCGACCAGCAGCCUCGGAUAACAAUGUCCCUCAAAACAUCCCUCAGACAGUUGGCUUUGAUGAUCCUCUUUACAGAGCAGGGAAUAAACCAGCAGAAAGUACUACACCACCGCCCACACAACCUGAAGAGAAUACAGAAUCUGAGCCAGCUCUGGUGAAAUCACAACCUCCCUCACCAGUAAAUGCAGACCUUGCUGAUGUAAUUAACAACACAAUCGGGGAACCACUCACUGUGCGUAAUCGUACAACAAAGUCUAAACUUCAAAACCUGCGUAAAAGUCAACUGUUUGCUGAUGUUGUCUUUAUGUUUCGUGGAGGAAAGGAAAUCUGGGCUCACAAGGCUUUAGUAUGUGAAUACAGCAGCUACGUGUUACAGCUUUGUAGCACAAUGCGCACAUUUGAUGCCCAACAGACACAAUCUUGUGUCAUGGUAGACAUUGAGAAAAUUGACUCAAGCAUUGAAAUCAAAGAGGACAUCCUGAAUAUGGCUCUUGAUUUCAUAUAUGGCGAACCAUUAAAAGUACUUCCCACAGACAUGGAUGACCUGGUGUGGCUCUCUCAGAAACUACACAUGCCUGACCUCCAUGCUGCCUUGCUAGACACUAUUAAGGCAAAUCCUGAUUAUAAAGAUCCCAAACGAAUACCAGUAAAAACAGAAAUGAUCAGUAAUGAUGAUGACAGUGCAACAGACAUUGAUGAAGUAUCACCGAAGAACUCAUCAUUGAUUACAUUUGGGACUCAGACAAUUGAAACUGCGAUCUUGGGAACAACAAAAGGGAGAUCAAAACGCAAGAAAACAAUACCAAAGAGACAUGUGCCAGGGCCAGGUAGACCCAAGAGGAAUGCUAAGUCAAAGUUUAUACGCAAAGUCAAGCCACCACCAGUUCCUGUCAAUGAAGAGGGUGUUCCAAUAGAUGAGGAGGGUAAUGUUAUAUUGGAUGAGAAUGGCCAACCUUUACCACCAAUUCCUCCACAAGAAGAAAAACCAGAAGAAGUAGAAGAAGAGGUGCCUACAUUUGAUGAAGAAAUGGAAACUCUUGAUGCUGAACUUGGAGUCCCUGCUACCCCAGAGCCAGACCCUGAAGAUGAUCCUGACUUUAGUGCAAGUGGCUAUAUUAGGAGAUCAAAGAGAAAGACGAGGGCUCGUAUCACUGGUUCUGGGGUCUUCUCAACCAGACGUAAAUAUAUUAAAAAAGAUCCUAACAGACCAAAAGAGCCAAGGAUUCGAAAACGAAAUCGUAAGCCAAAGGAGAAAAGGGAAGGGGAACCAAAGAGUCGCAGGAAGAACAAAUGCAAUAAGUGUAUGUUACAACAUGCUACGGUUGAAGAUCUUUACAAUCAUAAGAUCCAGGUUCACCACCUGUUUGGAUGCGAGCUCUGCAAGCGUUGCUUUGAUGCAGAGGAUAUGCUGAAGAUACAUCAAUUGACUCAUUCAGGUUUGAACCCUUAUGUUACGGAUGAUGGGAAAACAACGCUGUACCACUGUGACAAAUGCCCAGAGACAUGUUUCGACUCUUUAAAACUGAACAGACAUAGGAGAGAUGCUCAUGGAUUGAACAAGUUGAUUUGUAACAUGUGUGAUGCAGCUUUAUCGAAUACACACUAUCAAUUAUUUUCAAAGCAUUUGUAUUACACACAUUACUUUGAUGGUAAGGGUUGCUUUGAGUGUGACAUAUGUGGAAAGUUCCAUAGCAAUGAAGAAGCCCUGAAGCGGCAUAAGGUAAUCCAUGAAACACGGACAUUUCAUCAGUGUAAAGUUUGUGGUCAGACAUUUACAAUGUUGGCUAAUCUCAAAAUUCAUCAAGAGCUAUAUGGAGACAAGCCCCAUGUUGCUAGAAACCGUUUGGAUCAAACGAAGAAGACACAUCAAUGUGUGCACUGUGGAUUGAAGUUUGCCCGUGAUGCCCAUGUGAAACGUCACAUUCUAACACAGCAUUCAAAUGCAGAAGUUGUAGAAGCAGUUAGGGAGGAAGGAAGAAAGCGCAUCAAUGUGCAGAGAAAGAGUCUGUUCACCAAACGUCACUUUCCUGGUUAUAUGCCUAAACCAGAGGGAGAGACCUCAUCCCAAGGAAGAGCAAGAAGGAGGGCUAAUAAGAAGAUAAAACUUGCUCAGAAAGCUGCAAUAGCAGAAGCAAGAGAGGCUAAUGCUCGUUCAUUGGCAUACAAACAAAGCCAGCUUGAAAAGCAAAAGAAAAGCAAUCCACCACCUGUCCAACAACCUCCAGCUCCUGCUCCUCAUGUUCAACAAAAUCAACAACCCCAGUCUCUACCUUCUCCUUUACCCACUCAGGUACCAAUACAAAGACCCAUUCCACCGCCCAUGCACCAAAUUCAUUCUCAGAUGCCUCCUGCAUCCAUGCCUCUUCCUCCUGCAUCUAUGCCUCCACCAACACAUUCUCAUUCAUAUUCCCAUACACAGCUAGGUGGUCUCCCCCAACCAAGUGGCCUCCCGCCACCUAACCCAAUGCAUAACCAGAUAUCUAUUCCCAUGCAUUCUCAGAGACCUGAACCACCUCAUGCCCACAGUUCAUCUAUGCCACAAAUGCAUGUCAAUAUGGAACAGUACUAUGGAGGAGGUUCAGCACCUAGGGACAUAUUUAACUACUUCAAGUUAUGAUCAUCCAAACUGUGAAACCAGCAUUAUAACAUCUCUUAGGGCCAAUUAAUAUUAUGGCAUAAGAGCUCUAUAAUCUACAGAUGAAACCAAAUAAUACAUUAAACCAAACGAUAUUGACAGAGGACCUCUGUUCUCUUGCUUUACCUGAACAUAUCAAGAUAGCAUUAUAAUAGUGUUGCAGUCAAGGAGCUUUCCCAUAAUUAUAAUUGUCAUUUUAUAUAAAGCUAGAGAACAUUUUGAUGUUAAGUGGAGAGGAGAUGAACAUUUUGAACAAGUAAACAUUUUGUCAUGUUUAAUAAAAUGUAUUUUAUACAUCAAGUUCGGAAAUACUUACACAUAUACAUUUUAUAUACAAUAUAUAUGAUACGACUUGCAUCGAAAACUGAGACUGGCUUUUCAUCUUCUGAACUUAUCAGGAUUGUAGAUGCACAUUUAGUUUAAUAGGAUUUAGAUGUAGUAUACUGUAUUGUGUUUGUAGUGUAUCAUAUUUGGAAGUGUUUUGUGAAGAAGGAAUGGACAAUUUUCAAGUAGAGUUUUUGAACAGAAGUUGUUUUUAGUUAGUUCAAUAUAGAAACAUUGACAUCGAUUUCAUUGAAAAAAGGAUGAUGAAUUGUGAAAAUAUAUGUUUGUUUAUCUAGAUUAUAUACAUAUUCUAGUAUUUAUACAUGUACAGUAAAAUUAAACAUCCUCAUGGACAGUAAACCAAAACUAUAUAUGUAAGAAACACCUGUCUGCAAGGAAUGGUGUCUAUCAGUGUAUAGAGUAUUCCUGGCACUUCGAUUUUACGGUCAAGUGUCAAUACAUCCCAUUGCCACUGCAGAACUGGCAAUUUUAUUGUAUUAUGUUUUUAAUAAAAUGAGGGAAUAAACAGAAGUAAAGAAAUAUCAUAUUUAACCAAUAGGGUACAAUAUAUUAGUAAGUAGCAUGUAAUAUAUAUUUUACCAGUUGUAAAAGUAGUCAGUUUAGCAUUGUAGACAAAUAUUUGAUUUUUCCUAGUAUUUUGACUAGAUUUUGUUAGUGUUCUCUAUGUUAAUGAUUAACUUUAUAAAAGGAACAAACUAUUAAGAGCUUUCUCUGUUUUAUAACUUACGGUAGAUCUUUAGUUUGGAUGAUGUACCAAAAACAUCAUUGUAAAAAAGUACAGUAACACCUGUCUGUUUCGAACACCACUAGGACCAGCCACGUGUUCAGAUUAGCAGCUGUUCACAUUUCAAGGUUUCUAAAGUCUGAGUCAGUGGGAGAUAAUAUAUUUGGAACACAGAAAAAAGUGUUCACAUUGAGAGGUGUUUUAAUUCGAGAGAUGUUCAGAUAUACAGGUU